AUAGAAUUCUGGUUUCAGAAUAUAGAUCUAAAUAACGUUUUUGAUUAAUUUCAUUUAAUUUUUAGAACACUGCAAAUACACAAGACUCCAGAAAACGUUAAGAACUUUUUGUGAGUGUUACUGUUAGAUUAUACGAAAUGGGAGAAGAUGCCAACUUAAAUUUAUCAGCCUGGUUUAGAAAACUGCUUCAGGACAGAAAAUUUGAAAGCUUGACAUGGAUAAAUGAAUCAGAACAAGUUUUCAAGGUGCCUUGGUCAAAUCAAAAGAAAAGACAAUGGCUACCAUGUGGCGACGAUUCAAAAUUGCUUAUUGAAUGGGCCCAACACAAAUAUGGAUACAGGCAAGGUCAAGAGGAACAACUCCCAAAGUGGAAGACCAACCUUCGCUGUGCGAUUAACAAAUGUCCUGACAUUGAAAGAAUCAAAGAUAAGGACACGGACUCAUAUAUGGCCUGCCAGUUUAAACUACACCAUCCUGUUAGAACGGACUCUACCUUGUCAUCGUGUAGUGGCACUAGUCUGUCGGACAUGGACUAUGCUUGUGCUUCAUCGGUUUCUUCAUCAGCCAUGUCGGAAGUUGAUUACUUUCAUUCAGACAGCAACAAUGUCCCCACUGUUGUUCUCGACACAGAAAUGUCUUCCUUAAGCAACGACUCCUAUAGUGAGGCAGAACUUGUUGGUAAUACUGAAUUUUUCUCCAAUACACAGGAACCACUGCUUGAUAAUAACAGUGAUUUUAACACAUGUAAACUACAAGUUAACAAUGAAAAUUGUUUUAACACAUAUGGGCCUUUAUCAAGAGAAAUCACCACUAACAAUUCUACAUAUUUUCAUGCAGAGUCUAAUGUUAAUGUGCCAUCUGUUGACCCCAUCAACAGAUGCCAAGCAGCAAUAGAAAAUAACCAAUUGGAAAAUAUGGCACAAAUACUUCCUGUGGAACAGGAAGAUGAAAAGCAAAUUAUGAUUAUUGAAGCACUUUAUGAUAUUCCCCAAAGACCAGUUAUGAGUUUGUCUAUUGAAGCUCAAUAUCCUCAUCUUAAAAUAUUCUCAGAGUUGGUCACCGACACAAGGUUGCAAAGUAAAAUGUAUCAUCCUGGUGAAUUUCUAAUUUCUUUACCUAGCUUGGAGGCAGUGGCAGAUUUACCAAACUCUAACAGAGAUAAAAUUAGUGAGGUGCUAAAAAAUUUUACUCGUGGCGUUAACGUUCAUUACGUUGAUCACAAUAUAUUAGUAGAGCGUAAAAGUAAAGUAAAAAUAUUUGCUACUGAUGAAAAGAAAUGGUGCAAUGAAAUCAAACGCAAGCAGAACUCUUCUGAUCCAGACAUUAUUGUCAAAGUCUUUGAUUAUUUAAAUUUUUUAGAGGAAUUAGAGCAACAUUUUAAGGACAGAUCUAUUCCUUGCCCCAAAGAUUAUGUUUUAUUGACUAUUGGACAUCAUUGCCGGUUAGAUCAGCCUAGUCCUCUUAGUACAGUGCUAGUCGUCAUUAAAAUCCGUCAUGUGAAAGCAGCCAAUGACCUUAAAAGACUUUCGAUCGGAAGCGAUAUACCCCCUGACCCUAUGAUUUCUGGUGGGGAUUCCCUUGACAGACAACUAGAAUUACUUAAAUUAGAAAUGUAAGGGUCAGUCAAUUUUUUAUACUUUUUAAAAUCCUUUUUAUCAUUAUUAAUGACAAUAAAUAAUGUAAUACAGUAAAAGUAUUAUUAUUUUAAUUUAUUAAACACAUUCUUGAUGUUAAUUGCAUUAGAAAAAAUAACUUAAUUUUUAGAGAACCAAGAUAUUUUCUGCUGCAAGGAAAACAACUAGCAAAUUCAAAUCAUCCAUCUCUUCUUUGUUCCUUUGUAAUGUACAUUACACAGUUCAUCCAUUUGAUAAUCUAUAAUCCAUAUUUUAAAUUUUUAUUCUGUGGAAAAUUAAAUUAAUUUUCAUUGGUCAUAUUUGCAUUAUUAUCCUACUUUUGUUUAUGUAUUCUAAUUUUGUUAAAAUCAAUUGAAAGUGUACUGAAUUGACUUAGUGUAUAGGCUCCUUUUAUUUAUAUCACAAUUAAUAUAUUUUGAUAAAUGUAAUCUUUGUAAGUUGACUUUCCGUUUAAGAAAACCUAACCCUCCUCUUUUCCCAGUCAGCAUAUGUCCUUAGCAGGACAUUCUUCGUUAACCAGCCAACUUUUUUUUGGACGACCCUUUCAUCAUGCUCCCUUUACUGUCGUUUGAAGAAUGACAUUUGAUAGUGAAUUGUGUCUUACAUUAUGACAGAACCAGCUUAAUUGACAAUUAACGUAGGUGUCCCCAUUGUCAUGCUUUUUUUUUCUUGUAAAUGUUUGACUCACUUUAAUAUUUUUUCUAGCAAUGACAUUUUCUACAUAAUAAAGUUAUAGUUUUUUGACUGUUUUUAGAAACCUAAUGUCUCUAUAGAUAAUCUAUUAAUGUAUAGGACUUUCUUGUACAGGGAAAGUAGCUAAUUUUGGUAAAAUAUACAUUUAAUUAUAAAGAAAAUGUUAGUUAUCACUUGCAAUUAAAGAAAAGUAAUUUCAAAAUAGGUGUGUAUUUUAUUUAAUGUAGAGAUCUACAUAUAUACAUUUAUAUAUUUUUUUUUUUAUAGUAGAAAAUCUAUGUAUUUGAAAUGUUCAAAUGAACUUUUCUGAUAGCAUUAGAAAUGUAUAUGUCCAUAUUGUUACAUCUGAAACAACAUUUUAAUUCACACCAAUAACUUACUACAUCCUCAUUAAGACCAAUGUAAAUUAUCCUGUGUUUUCUUUUUCAUGUCAAUAUGAACCGAUAUUGAAUAUACUGGCACUUGAUAUUGUGAUAUUGCUAAUACUUGCUUUACGAAACGCAUUAAUUAUUUCAAGUUAAUGUAUAUUGUAUUUUUUUUUUAUUUAAGAUUUCACCAUUUCACCUUUAGUAUCUGAGAUUAGGUUGAACUACAUAUAUUGAAAGUAAUCAAAUUAUGUUUUGAACUAAUCUACACAAAAUGAAUAUAUAUAUAUAUAUAUAUAUAUAUAUAUAUAUAUAUAUACUGCUGGUUUGGUAAUGAAGGCAGAAAGGUUAAGCAUCCUUCUUUUUUAUCAAGGUUCUGAAGUUUCAAUUUUCAUUUAGACAGUUUAAUUGCUCUAUACACAUAUAUAUAUAUAUACAGUGCUUUUUUUGUAAACAAAAUAGGUGCUUGUACUCAGUGAUUAGGUGCUGGUACUCAGUAGUUGAUUGCCUAACUUUUAACUACUUAAAAUUAAUAUUAUACGUUAAAAUACAAGAAAAGUAAUAAUUUUUUUAAAAGGUGUCGGUACGCCAUAUCAGUGCGUACCAUCACAAAAAAGCCCUGUAUAUAUAUAUAAAUGUUUUCGAGUUUUCCCAAAAGUCUACCCAAACUUUCAAUAAUGAUCUAAAAUUACUAAAGGAAAUUUAAAAAAAAAAAAAAAUUGAAAUAUUUUAGUCUUACACUACCUGAUAUAUUUUAGCUUUGUGAACCCCAAAAAAACUGAAUUUUUAUGUUUUCGUUUUCAUGUUUUCCAGUUAAGACUGCUAGGUAAAUGUGUGAUACUCUAUGGCUGUGUUUGACUAUUAUUUGAAUUGUAAUGAUAAUAUUUUUGUAAAAAGAUAUUUUAAAUAGAUUUAUUAUAAUUCUUUUUUUUUCUUGCCUUCUGGUAAUUAGCUGAGACAAUAAAUUUUGUAAUUUUUAUUUACAUGGCCUGCUUUUGUAAAAUAGUUUUCAAUUAUUUUUUUAAUUUUAUGAUUGCUGUAUGUAUACUUUUGUACUUUGCAUGACCCGUUGGACGUUAUCAUCUUCUUUUUUGAAGCAACGUCUGUAUUAUAUAAGAUAAGAUAAACAUAUCUGUGUACUUAUUAUCUUAUUUAUUUUGUUUUAUCAAUCAGUUUGAUGUCUAAACAUAAGUCAUCAGCUGCUGUUACACUAUGUACCAAAUAAUUCCAUUUUUUUUUGUUGAUAUCUUGAAUUAUGAAUAUAAAUAAUAUAUUAAAAAUGUUUAUUACCACUAACAGAAUUAAAGUUAGCUUUUUAAAA